AUUCUCUUUAAAUAAGUAAGGUAAAAAAUUAUAUCCUUAAUCCCAUCAGCUGUGACGUCACGCUACCCCGAUAACGAUUGUCUGAUAAUUCGAUAUCUAGAAUAUGGCUAUUAUUGUAUGACGAUUAGAUCAGAUUGAUCAGAUAAGACCCAAAUGCCGUAGUGUUAGCGUGAGUAAUAUCUGAAACACCAUUGCGCGAGUUAACGCGCAAAAGCAAAACGAAAAUGAAAAAAAUUUAUACGGCGAUAGUGUUAGCAAUUUAUACUUACAACAUAUUUUUGGCAAUAGGUUUAAGUGAACGGUACUGCUUUCAAUUUACAUGGCCAGGUUCAAAUAAUCUAACUGUCAAUUGUACUAAUAAUAUUCCUUGUGUGAAGCCGUUUUAUUAUAACAUUUCGAAACCAAAUACAAAUGAAAUAUGGAACAAAUACAAAGAGAGAGUAGAAGAAUCAAAUUAUUUUUGCAAAUUAAAUUCCGAUGUUUGUAUAAGAUACACAUACAUAUACAAUGACGCAGUGGUGAAUGUCAGUUAUUUUUGUGGAAAAGUUAUUGAAGACCAAACAUCACCAAUUACAUUGGGGUGUUAUGCUCAACAUACUGAAGGAUAUACUAUUGAGGCUUGUGCUUGUCAGUCUAGAAACAACAGUAUGCCAUGCAACGCAAUAAAAAAUACAUAUUCGAUAUUCAUUACCAUUGGAGCUACAGCUGUGACAUUGUUCAUGUAUAAAAUCUUUAAUAUUUCCUGACACUACCGACUUAUUUCACUUAUCUGAUAUGAAUGAAAUUGUACGAAUUACAUACAUUUAAUAUUUAUUAUAAUUUAUAUGCGAUAUAUCAAUUAAGCGUAUAUCUUUUUACAACUUCAUAGAACACGCAAUAUAAUUCAAAUUAUAUACAGAGAUGAACAAAUUAUAUAUUUUGUAAUCGCGCGUUAGAAAAUAAAUAUUUAUGUCGGGAAAUUAGGAAGAGUAGAUAAACUUUAAAAUAAUUAUAACAUAUAUAACAAAGUUGACUACAAGUAAGCAAUUGAAUCUUAUAU